AUGUCGAAUAAAGAAGGAUUUUCAGCUACAAUACCAGCAAAAAAGACUGACGAAGAAAUCAGACGUGAUUCUCUUCUUGAUAAAGGAUUAGAUGAAAUUGCUGCAGAAAAGCGGGAAAUUAGAAAGAAAGAGCGCAUCGAAAAGAAAGAUGAGCGAUCGAAGCCACGUGAAUUUCGAGAAGAUAGGCAAAAAAUUAUUCCAUGUCGAAUCUCUCGAAAGGACAUUGAAAUAUUAGCUCAUCAACAACGGAUAAAUUUAAAUGGAUAUGAUGUUUUUGUUGAUGCAAUAUUAACUAGAAAAUCACGUCGUUAA